CAUUCCCCUUCCCCUAAUCCUAAUGCCCCAGAAGGUAAGCCUAACCUCACCUGACGGCGACACCAUAGUCGGAGGGUAACCUCACAUCACCGCCACACCGCCGGCCGUGCUGUCUUGUUGGAGUCGACGGAUACCGAGCGGCUUCAACGACUUCAUCUGCACUGCGGCUCCCUCCUCUUCAUCGUGGUUUCUCCGUGCUCCGUGGCUCCUUGCACCGGAUCGUCGUCCACCGUAGUAGCGUCCUCUCUGUCGUGUGCGUCCUCUACUCUACCAGACUGGUUGGUUGUCUCUGUCUUCUGCCUACUCUGUUCUGUUGGACAGGUAAGGGAGUGCUAGUAGAGAAUGACAUCGAGUAGCAGCAAGGCGGAAGACCCGUGAAAAUGGAACGUGGUGAGGGUGGAGAUGUUUUCGCAGGCGCAAACCGAUUAUGCAGAUGAGGGGGAAGCGUUGUUUGACCUGGGCACUGACGGUGAAGUUGGGGUUGGAGAUUUGGAGUGCGAUAAUGGGAGGGCUGGUGCACGAAAUUGCAAUCACACUUUUGCAAUCCGCACAACUAACCAGCAAGUGCAUUAGGUCGUCCAAGUAAUACUUUACGUGAGUAAGGGUCGAAUCCCACAGAGAUUGUUGGUUUGAAGCAAGCUAUGGUUAUCUUAUUAAUUUUAGUCAGGAUAUCAAUAGGAUUAUUUAGCCUCGUGUUCAUAUCCUGGGUCGAGUUGACCGACCCAGGAUGUUCUACAGACAAAGCGACUGACCUCUUCAGGUUAGGACAAUCCGACCUCUUCUUAAAGAGCUCGGCCAAGUCACGAGAAAGCCCAAACAAAGGGUCCAAAUAGAGGAACACGCCCCAGAUCCUAAGGCAGCCCAAGCCUACAAAAGAAGGGCGGUUCCCUUGAAGAUAAGAUGACCUCAUUCAAAAGAUAAGAUAAGAUAAGAUAACUAACUUAUCUUAUCCAAAAAGAUCACUCCACACCAUUAUAAAUACACUGGAGCACCCAGGUAUAACUCAUACUCUAUUCUACUCAAUAACUGCUUAAUACCAUUGCUAACUUAAGCAUCGGAGUUCCUUGCAGGUACCCUCCACCCUCCGGGGACGAAGGAUCAGCAGCACCACCAAGUCUAACAAGUCAGACACACCAGCUCCGGCCGCUAUACACCCGCUGGACACGUCGGCUCCGACCAACACAGAAGAUCUCGACCGAGAUCGGCCUACAGUUUCAGGUAACCCUCGGAAUAUUGGCGCCGUUGCCGGGGAACCUGGAAGUCAACCCAACACCAUGGCGGACAACCAUGACAACGACCACGACUUAGGUUUGGAAGAUAGAACACCGCACAAGAACAUGGAUGCUAUACUUAAAAAUACUCCAGAAUUCAAUGGAGACAAAAAUUCAUCAAAUCCGGGAGUGAUAGAAGCACUUCAAGAUUGAUUAAAGCAACUUGAGAAAGAAGCCCAACACCAACGCGAAAAACAAGAGGAUUUACAUCGGGAGAUAAGGCGGCGCCAGAAUUAGAAGAUAAGCUUAUGAAACUCGAAGCUGAUCUCAAAACUAAAGCUACUCGAUCCACCCAGAGGAUAGCUCUCACAGAGAUCAAGAUCCAUUCACCAGGGACAUUAUGAAAACCAAAAUUCCAAAAGAUUUCAAACUUCCGGAUAUGAUUCUGUACGACGACACCUCGGACCCUAACCACCAUCUCAGCAACUUCAGAAGUAGGAUGUACCUCACUGACGCCUCAGAUGCAGUUCGCUGCAAAGCCUUUCCAACAACUCUUACCAAGACAGUCAUUAGAUGGUUCGACAGCCUACCUCCAAAAUCCAUCUCGAGUUUUGACGACCUGGCCAAAAAGUUCCUGACCAGAUUUUCCAUACAAAAGGACAAAGCCAAACAUGCACCCAGCCUACUAGGAAUCAAGCAAGGAGAUUGGGAGAGUCUUCGUAACUACAUGGAAAGAUUCAACAAAACAUGCAUGGACAUACAAAAUCUACCAACAGAAGCUGCCAUCAUGGGCCUCAUCAACGGCCUACGAGAAGGACCAUUUAGCCAAUCUAUAUCAAAGAAGUCCCCAGCAUCCCUAGACGAAGUACAAGAACGGGCGCAGAAGUACAUUAACAUGAAGGAGAAUUCUCGACUUGGGGAAGCCUCGAGGUUCGAUUUUGCCUACCGAGAUAAAGAUAAAGAAUCCAAGAAGAAGGAAGAUCGCUCCGGGGAGAAAAUAAAAAAAUAUCAUAACUACACCCCUCUUAGGGUAUCCUUGGUAGAUGUUUACAAAGAGGUCUGCCAUACGGAAAAAAAACUCCCAGCUCGGCCACUCAAAGGCAAAAAGGGAGGAGGAAAUCGGAAUGAAUACUGUGAGUAUCACCGAGUCCGAGGACAUUCCACCAACGAAUGCUUUGACUUGAAAAACGUCAUAGAGAAAUUAGUAAGAGAAGGAAAACUAGAUCGGUUCUUGGCUAAUCGGGACGAAGAACCAAGAAAAAGAAGAAGGGAUGAAGAUGUCGGACAGUCUGAACGAUCACCCCCCGCACACCGGAGAGACACGUCCACAUGAUACACGCUCCAAAUCAUCCCGCAAGCGACACCUCAAAGAAGUAUACCAUGUUGAAGGAAAGAAGGAGACACCAGACAUCCCAGCAAUCACAUUUACCAAAGAAGAUGCAUCCGGAAUCAUCUCAAGACACGACGACCCCAUGGUCAUCACAAUUAUAUUGGCAAACGCCAACCUCCAUCGUACAUUAAUUGACCAAGGAAGCUCUGUCGACAUCUUAUUCAAAACCGCCUUCGACAAGCUCGGCUUAGAAGAAAAAGAGCUAAGAGCAUACCCGAACAGCCUGUUCGGACUUGGGGAUACCCCAGUACGACCACUGGGAUACGUAUCGUUACAUACAACCUUCGGAAAGGGGAACCAAUCCAGAACACUCAAGAUAGAUUAUAUCGUAGUCGACGUAAGCUCAGCCUACAAUGCAUUAAUAGGUCGGACAAUGUUAAAUCAACUCGGCGCAAUAGUUUCAACUCCACAUCUAUGUAUGAAAUUCCCAACCGCAGAAGGGAUAGCUACAAUAAAGCAGACCAAAAGAUGGCACGUCGCUGUUAUAACGAAAGACUAAACCUCCGAGGUGAAGGAGGAGAGUUCCACACAAUCGAACUCGGCGGAAUUCAGAGACGAGAAGAACUCCGCCCACGACCCGAGGGAGAAAUAGAAAGAGUCUAGAUCGGGGAUACCUCGAAUAAAACAACUAAUAUUGGCACAAUCCUGAAAGGAGACGCAAAGGAAUCACUAAUACGGUUCCUACGAGAUAACGUCGAUCUCUUCACAUGGAAAGCUGCCGACAUGCCAGGCAUAGAUCCCAAACUAAUGAACCACAAGUUGGCAGUCUACCCGGGAUCUCGGCCGGUACAACAAAGACGAAGAAAACUCAAGCCAGAACGGUCUCAAGCUGUAGAAGAGCAAGUACAAGCACUACUAUAUGCAGGAUUCAUAAGAGAAGUUAAAUACCCGCUAUGGCUAGCAAACAUCGUCUUGGUGAGAAAGUCAAAUGGGAAGUGGCGAAUGUGCACUGACUACACCGACCUCAACAAAGCCUGCCCAAAAGACCCUUAUCCACUCCCAAGCAUCGACGCUCUAGUAGAUGCCUCAUCGGGAUAUAAGUAUCUCUCGUUCAUGGACGCAUACUCGGGGUACAACCAGAUCCCAAUGUAUCCACCGGAUCAAUAAAAAAUCUCGUUUCUCACACCAAAAGCAAAUUAUUGCUACAUCGUAAUACCUUUCGGCCUUAAGAACGCGGGAGCCACUUAUCAAAGGCUAAUGAAUAAAGUCUUCUCAAACCACAUCGGGAAAAUCAUGGAGGUCUAUGUGGACGACAUGUUGAUAAAGACACAAAGUGAAGAAACAUUACUAACCGACUUGGUUCAAGUGUUCGACACCAUACGAAAGCACGACAUGCGACUUAACCCGGCUAAAUGCACCUUCGCAGUGGAGGCAGGUAAAUUUUUGGGCUUUAUGCUCACACAAAGAGGAAUCGAGGCAAAUCCAAAUAAAUGCCAGGCCAUACUCAACAUGAAAAGCCCAACCUGCGUCAAAGAGGUACAACAACUCAAUGGAAGAUUGACGGCCUUGUCCAUAUUCCUAGCAGGGUCAGCAAUAAGAUCCCUCCCCUUCUACGCUACCUUAAGGAAGGGAAAGAACUUCGAGUGGAUAACGGAAUGUGAACAAGCCUUCCGAGACUUUAAAGAAUUCUUGGGACAACCCCCCAUCCUAUCUCGACCACGAGAGGGAGAACCACUCAUACUGUACCUCGCAGUAGGAAGUCAGGCAAUAGCCUCAGCACUAAUUAGAGAAGACGAAGGCGGACAACAACCCGUCUACUUCAUUAGUAAAGCACUACAGAGGUCAGAGAUGAACUACCAGAAAAUAGAAAAGUUUGCCUACGCUCUGAUACUCGCAUCCCGACGACUUCGCCCAUACUUCCAAGCGCACACCAUCAAAGUUCGGACCAACCAGCCCAUAAAAGAGAUACUGCAGAAAACAGAUCUAGCAGGAAGAAUCCUACAGUGGGCAAUCGAGUUGUCCGAGUUCGACCUCCAAUACGAGGCGCGGACAGCCAUCAAAUCACAAUACCUAGCCGACUUCAUUGCAGAAUUCACGGACACCACAGAAAUCCCCAUAGAGUGGAACAUAUACGUGGACGGUUCCUUGAAUAAAACUAGAAGCGGUGCAGGUGUGAUAAUCGAAAGCAACCAAGGAACCCACCUUGAGCUUUCCCUGAAAUUCAGAUUUUCGGCCUCAAACAACCAAGCGAAAUAUGAAGCGUUAUUAACUGGUUUGAAGCUGGUCAGAGAAGUUGGAGCUCAGAAACUUAACAUCUACAGUGACUCACAAGUCAUUACCUCGCAAAUAACAGGAAGCUACCAAGCCAAAGAUCCUACCAUGAAAAAAUAUUUGGAUAAAACCAAAGAACAGCUCGGACAACUCAGGGAAUAUAGGAUCUGCCACAUACCCCGAGAGCAAAAUGCCCGAGCUGACGCACUCUCAAAACUAGCCAGCACCAAACCAGGGGGCAACAAUAGAAGCCUCAUCCAAGAAAUACUACAGAACCCAUCAAUAUCGGAAGAAGAAAAAAUCCUAGCCAUAACAGGUCGGGAUCAAGGAUGGAUGACUCCCAUAAUUAAUUACCUCAAAACAGAAGCGCUCCCCACAGACGAAAAGGAGGCAAAGAGGUUAAAAAGGGAGGCACAGUACUACACUAUCGUAAACAACACCCUAUACAAAAGAGAAAUCUUGACACCAUUGUUAAAAUGCGUACCGACUUCCAAUACAAAGGAAGUCUUUGAGGAAGUUCACAACGGCAUUUGUGGCAAUCAUCUCGGAGCGCAAGCUCUCACCAAAAAGGUACUCCGAGCGGGAUUCUAUUGGCCAACUCUACAAAAGAAAGCUACCAAAUUUGUAAAGGCAUGUCCACCAUGUCAGAAGCAUGCCAACUUUCACAUCGCCCCGCCGGAAAAGCUCAUCAGCGUAACCUCACCCUGGCCAUUUGCAAAGUGGGGACUCGAUCUUCUCGGACCCUUUCCCCAAGGAUCGGGACAAGUCAAAUUCCUCAUAGUAGGGGUAGAUUACUUCACAAAAUGGAUCGAGGCAGAACCCCUAGCCAAUGCCACUGCUCAAAGAAGUCGGAAAUUCCUAUAUAGGAACAUUAUUACCAGGUUCGGGAUUCCAUACUCCAUCACCACAGAUAAUGGCACCCAAUUCACAGAUGCAGGCUUCAGAAAAUUAGUGGCCGACUUGAACAUAAAACACCAGUUCACCUCUGUCGAACAUCCCCAAGCUAAUGGACAAGCCGAAGCAGCCAACAAAGUCAUAUUGGCUGGGCUGAAACGGAGACUACAAGAAGUAAAGGUAGCUUGGGCCAAGGAACUUCCACAAGUCCUAUGGGCGUAUCGAACAACUCCACAUUCCACUACGAAUGAAUCCCAUUUCGAUUAGCAUACGGAGUGGAGGCAAU